UUUAAUCAUUCAAGGUUAACACGUACCAGCGGACUGUAGUAAAAUAACGCUAAAAACGGUGGUGCCUAUCUAUUUUGAUAAUGUGUUAUCUUGCGCUCAAUUCAUAAUGAAAAUACAUAUUACUUAAUUCUUAUCAAAAAAACUGUAAGACGUAUAUAUUUUGUUGCAAACAUCGGAAAGUUGCACAUAAACAAGUGAGUUUGUAGUGUUCGUUGCAAAAUGUUUCAUUUACGGCGCAUACCGAGGAGUAUUGUGGCGUGUUCACGAUGGAACUCUUCGCAAGUGGCACCUUUAGUAUCGAUAGACGUGGACAAUGAAGGAAUAGCAACACUGCAGAUGCAGAGACUACCAGUGAACAGUUUAAACCUGGAUUUAUUUCAGGCGAUAAAAGAUUCAGUGAUUGAAAUUGAAAAAAAUAAAUGCAAAGGCUUGGUUUUCACGUCGGCAAGUCCAACGAUAUUUUCAGCGGGAAUCGACUUAAAUGAAUUACACAAACCAGAUGUAAAACGUUUGACUAAGAUGAAGGAGACUCUUUUUGAUGCCUUUAUGAAAGUGUUUGGGUCGGACCUUAUAACAACUGUUGCGAUCAAUGGUUACACAGCAGCCGGGGCCUUUAUUCUGUGCCUGGCAUUUGAGUACCGCGUAAUGACGACUGGUAAGGCCGUCAUGGGGUUGAAUGACACAGCAGUUGGUAUCCCACCAGCUCCAUGGCUGGGUGAGCUGAUGACCCGAGUGAUGGGGCCUAGACAUGCGGAGUUUGCCCUUACUAGUUCAUAUAUGUACUCGGCUGAGAAAGCUUUGCAGGUGGGUCUGGUGGAUGAGGUAGCAGCAGAUAAAGAAGACGCAAUAGAGAAAUGCAAGGCUUACAUACGAUUGUACGAUCAAAUACCAGUGACAGCCCGAAUUAACACUAAGCGCAACUUCAGACAAGACUACCUAAAGAAAAUCGAACAAAACAAACAACAAUACACAACUAACUUCGUAAACACUAUAUCAAGCGCGGAAGUUCAAAAGUUAAUGGAUACUUUCAUGGAAAAUUUAAAGAAGAAAAAGUCGGCUAAAUCUAAAUAAGCUGCUUAAGUUUAGUUAGUUCAAAAGCUAGUUUACCUAAAUAAAGUGACACUGAAGUCGCAAAAAGACGCGGGACCAAAAAAUAUAGCCACCAAACCAAGGAGCUUUCCACGCGGGAGUGAGUGCCUAUUAAAAUAACUCAAAUUUUU